CAGAGGCAUAAAACUGCGGCCUACCAGCCACCGACACCGCGAGGCCUGGAAACGUUCCUCGAUCACUUCUUCGAGGCACACAGCCCAAGCAAGCCAGAACAGCCUGAACCUACCUCACUAUCAGACUCCUCGAGCAUGAGACUCCGGACACAAAAGCCUGACAGAGACAUAGGGGCCAUGCUCCAGAUGCCCACACCAACUAAAACAACACAAAUGGAGACCUCACACACGGAAGGGGCACCAACACUACA